GUGUCACAAAAGGCUUGCAGCCCGAACCCAAGAAAAGAUAGAUAGAGAGGUAUAUGUAUGACUUGUGCAAGAGUGUGUGUAGUCUUAUGAAAUUGGCUUUUCUAAGAGAGAUUUGUUUGUUGUUUUGCUGGAAGGCAUAUCACAUGUAGAAAAAGAGAGAAAGUGAGAGAUCUUAGCUAUAUAGCUAGACACUAACCAGACCCACCAAUACCAAUCACAUCUCAAGCGCAGCAGCAAUAAGUAAACAGAGAGAGGGAAUAUAGAGAUAUAGGCAGAGAAAAAGAAAUGUGUGGGAAGAAGGAAGAAGAUGAAUCAGGGGAGUGCUCUCAUCAAAGUAGUAUUCAUGAACAGCAUGGCUACCACCAACAACAGUUAUUUCUUCAACAACAGCAACAACAACAACUUCAUCAACAACAGUUCACGUGUAGUAAUGAUGCUUAUGACGGUGGUGGUGGAAGAGGUGGAGGAGGUCAAGUGUUUCCAUCUGAUAUGAUAUCUCCGAUCCUACCAUGGUCUCUCCCACCUGUUCAUGCUGCCUUCAAUCCAGUUCAGUUUUCGACAGUUCAAAAUCAUCACCCUGCUGAUCAUCCGCUCAACCUUGUUUCACACACUAAUCCACCACCACCUCUUCCUACAUCGUCAGCAUCCUCAUACGGAGCCUUGUUCAACAAUAGAAGAGCUUCCAGUUAUAAUCAUCUACAUUUUGCUCCUUCUUAUGAUCACCAUCCAUCGUCAUCGUCAUCAGACCAGCAUCAUCAUCAUCUGAGGAUCAUAUCAGACCAACUAAUCGGGUCUUUUCAUCACCAUCAUAAUCAACCAACUUCAUCAUCUCACCAUCUUCAUCCAUUUGGUAAUAGUAGUAUCCAGGCCGAGUUGGGUAAAAUGACGGCUCAAGAGAUCUUGGAUGCUAAAGCUCUUGCUGCUUCUAAGAGUCAUAGUGAAGCUGAAAGAAGACGUCGAGAAAGAAUCAAUAACCAUCUUGCAAAGUUACGCAGCUUACUCCCUAGCACCACCAAAACAGACAAAGCUUCAUUACUAGCAGAAGUGAUACAACACGUGAAAGAGUUAAAAAGACAGACAUCUCAAAUUGCAGAAGCAAGUCCAGUACCAACAGAGAAUGAUGAAUUGACAGUGGACAAUGCAUCUGACGAAGAUGGUAGAUUCAUUAUUAAAGCUUCAUUAUGUUGUGAAGAUAGAUCUGAUCUUUUACCAGAUUUAAUCAAAACAUUAAAAGCUCUUAGACUAAGAACUUUAAAAGCUGAGAUUACAACACUUGGUGGAAGAGUAAAGAAUGUUCUAUUCAUUACUGGUGAUGAUGACCAUGAUCAUAAUGAAGAUGAUGAUAGUCAUGAUCAUCAUCAUCAACAACAACAACAUUCACUUUCUUCCAUUCAAGAGGCAUUAAAAGCAGUAAUGGAGAGAAGUACUACUACUAAUGCAACAUUACCAGGAGGAGGAGGUGAUGAUUCGUCUUCAGGGACUAUUAAGAGACAAAGAACUACUACUGGUAGUACUACUUCUAACAUGAAUAUGCUUGAAAAUAGGUCUCUUUAAUGUUUACUCCUUUUUGAACAGAUUUUGUUAUUAAAAGAAAACCCACUUUUUUGUACGUCUUUUUUCUUUCUUUUUUGAGAUUGUGUGUGUGUGUGGAUUUAUUUCUAAAGUAAAAAAUAGAGGGAGAUGGGGUUCUCAGUCCUCCUGCAUGGGGCAGCAGGUUGGUAGGGCUUUGUUUGUUAUUGGCUUUGUUUGUUAGUCUGUGCAAACUCAAAGUUAUAUAUACAGAGAGGGUUUACAGUUUACUUCAGUUUGGUUAGCAAAA